CUUUUCAAGCCUUUAGAAUAUACGCGCGCCCCCUGCUGCGAGCACCCCGCGGCCAGACAUGGGAGCCCAGGAACUAUUUAAUGCUCGGGAUGUGCGCUGCGCGUGUCACACAGUCCAGAGAUUACAAGUGACGUGUAGCGCACAAUCAAACGGUCCUCACAAGCACUUUAUUUUGAACUAGGGACUUCUAAACUAGGCACUGAUUUCGUGCAGCAGGCUACACGUUUUCUCCUGUCGGGUAAAAACAGCUUAUUGAAUUGAACAAUAAGACUUUAAAAUGGAAGAUGUAUUAUUUGACUUGGAUCAGGAUGGCACUACAGACUUUGAUUUCUGUGGCCAGAUGGACCUUAACUUCCAGUUCCAGGCCCAGUUGGACAGUCUACUCUUUGACUGCACCACGGUCACCGGCCAGCUUUCGCCAUGGUCCUCGUUCGGUGGCCAGUCCAUGUUCCCGGACGCGCAACUGACCUUCACAGACCUGGACUCGCAGUCUCCCAGCCUUGGCGCCGGUGCUGAAGUGGACAGCUCCUCCGCGGACGAGACCCAUGAGAUGAGCAAGCGCAGGCCGCUGCGGUUUGUGCCCCAUCACCCGUUCAAGAUCCAGCGACACGCCGCUAAUAUCCGGGAGAGGAAGAGGAUGCUGAGUAUCAAUUCGGCGUUCGAAGAGCUGCGCUGCCACGUGCCCACCUUUCCUUACGAAAAGCGCCUGUCCAAGAUUGAUACCCUGAGACUCGCCAUUGCCUACAUUGCCCUCCUGAGAGAAAUAUUGAUAUCCGGCUGCGACCCCAAGUCAUAUUUGGAUGAAUGCAUGAAGAAUGGUUACAAGAAUCAAACCAAUGCAAUAUGGAACACAAGCGAUCUGACAGCCCGGCUCUCCUGGAUAAAGUGGGAUUAACUCAGGAUGGAGCGACCCAAGUACUAGGGGGGGGGGGGGGGGGGGGGUAUUUACGCCCCCUUCUCUGUCCGUGUCAAUGGCAGCAUCACAUCAGGGGCUGAGUGACAUCUGCAGACUUCUCACCAGGUCGUGCACCUCUCUCUGCAGCCAUCCGCGUCCCUCACAGCUUUUAAUAUUUGAAUGUGUUGUGGAUUGGUAAUUGAGGGCCAGUGUUUCUCUGGAGUUGCCCGUUGUUUUACAGUGAAUGGGGGACCGGGGCCAGACUCAAGCCCAUGGGGAUGGUGCUUGUCACAGGGGAGAGAAGCAGGCUGGCAUGGGACUGAAUUAACCUUGGUAAUAAAAAAACCCCAGAAUGUAUGGAGUAUGAUACUGAAGUGUUCAUUUGAAACCUUUUGCUGUUGUUCAUUAGACACUGUUACAAGGGACUUGAUGAUGUAAAUUAGACUGUGUGACACCCACAUUUCAGUAAGUUAAUUUAUCCCAAUGAAUUUAAUCAUUGUAUUUAUUUAAAUUAAUUUAUGUAUUUAUUCGUCAAUUUGUUAAUUUAUUUAUUAUUUUGAAUUGAUAAUUUUGGUUAUUUGUUGUUAUUUUGAUGUAUUAACAUUCCUUUUUUAUGAAUGAUUUAUUCAACUUUUUUUUAUUUAUCGUUGCUAGUUGUUUAUCUUUAAUCAAUAAUGUAUAAUGUCAUCAAAUGGACCAUUUUGAUAGUCUUACUACUUAUUAUGAAGAUACCUGUAUAUUGUUUUUCUAGUGCUUGUGAGUAUUGAGGUGAAACUGUAAAGCCGGGUUGGACUGGGGAAUGGAUUUGUGCUUGAUGGCAAAUCAGGGAAUUCCUAACACAAUGAAAUUAGGCAGUAUGUUUUCUAGAUUAUUCCCCCCAUGCUGACUGUAUUCCUCUAUGUUGGUUAGGAGUUUGAAACGAAGAUGGAAUGAAUCCAACCGACCUGUGUGUAUUUGUAAUGGUUCCCGAAGCCCUGUUGGUGACAUUGAAUCUGCAGCUGUGGUGUCCAGGCCCACUGUAGAGACCUUUAGCUUUCCCCCUGCACACACAUAGCAGCAUUUGCUUUAGCCAUUUCCCUUAUGGUUAAAUGAUGUACUCAGGUGACUCCACAUUCUGUUCCCACUUAUCUGGCUCUAUUCACUGGGACCAGCUUAAGGCCUCACUGACACUGUCACUGUAAAUGACUCUCAAUGUCAUCAUGUAAUCCAUGAUACUACGUAUGGUUUAGUCAGAGACGUAGUAAACAGAGCCAGAAGGAGUAUACCCAGUGCACACACUCCCUCUGUUCUCCUGCACGUGUACUUUUAGUGCUGCUAAUGACCCUCAUAGGAAACAGUUACGCAGGAACACACAGCAAUAUGGGAAGUCCAUUUGGGUGGGGGAGACUUACGGGGGAUGGCAGUGAGGUUUCUCAGAGGACCCUAAAUGGGAGUAUGGGAGUGUCAUCCCUCCCACAGGUGUGUGUGUCACCUGUGGAUCCAUUCCCACCACCUCCUUCAGGGUUACACCCUUUCUUUAACCACCACCUUACACCAAUCCCCCCCAUGGCCCCCCCUCCACCCUCCACCCCAUGUUACAUAGACAGGGCAGGUGUUGUCUUUACUCCCCUUUGCUCUCUAGCCUACUGUACACCUGUUUUACUUGACUGGGGAUGUAAAUAAGUGCUUUACACUAUGGACUGUGAAAUAAAUAACUGUGUUCGUUUCUAUGGUUGUUUACUCAACUUAUAUUGAGCACCAUUCAUCACAACAACAGCCAUUCAUCUAAUGUCACAAUUCAUGUAAUGUAUUUGAUUAAACAAGUAAUGUGCUUGAUUAUCUACUGAUCUUGGAGGUAGACUAUAAUUAAUGACUUUAAUGCUCGUUGACCACUACCUCCCUCUAUUGGAAACUAUUGGAUAGGCAUUGAGUGGUGGGGACUGGGGAGCAACCGAACAUGGAACAAUCUUUCAACUACAGGACAGUGACGCUUUGUAGAUCACGGUAGGAAAAAUAUGUAGAAAUUCAGAAAAUGUCAAUCACACACACAAUCAAGCCUUUUCCUGGGACUUUUAGUCUGCGAUCAUUAAAAAAAUUGAUGUUUUAUUUGCCCAUCCUCUUUGGGGAACAUAACUUUAUUUUACAUUUUUGUUUUUACAGGUAUUUUCUUACAUAUACAAUUUACAUACAUUUUUACAUACAUGGUUGGCCUACUUUAAUACACAGUAUUGCAAAGCAUAAAUAUCGUUUUUUUGAUAUACACAUUACACAAUAGUGCAGAAGGCCUACUCCAGCCUUUUACUUUGAUGAAGUAGGCUAGGCUAGAAAAUAUGUCUACUUACUCAUGAUCUCGGUCAUUAAAUAUAAGGGGAAAUCAGCUAAUAAUUUAUAAGAGUGGAAUAAAUUGUCACUAUUGGACAAAGAGAAAUGAUAACUUGAUGGACAUUCAAAUUCUAUCAACCAGUGUUUUCUGUACUGAACUUAAAAAUAAAGUAAUGAAGUAAACCUCUAA